CAUAAUUCUACAACAAUUUUUCAAUUUGAGCUUCAGCUGAGCGAAAACAGAUCCCCAUUGGAGUAAUCGUCAAUUUUCCGCCGUACCAUCUUCUUUUUAUCCCCCCUCACCGCAGUCUGCACCAUGGAAAUCAUGUCAAGGGAGCCAUUCGGCGACUCCCAGCUCGGAAGAAUAAUGCUAAAGUUCCGCCCGAUAGCUCCGAAGCCGCCCGCCGUCGGCGCUCUUUUCGCCGCCGUUUCAGACCGAGCCGGAACCGCUCCGAUGAUGAAGAGACGGAGAGGCGGGAGGAAGCCGAAGAAAAUAACAACAGCGGUAAAGAAGGAAACGGGUGCUGUUGUGACGGUGGAGAGAGUCACAGAAGUCGGCAGAGGGGAAGCCGCCGCCGCCUCCGGCAAGGAAAUCAAACGGCGGCUUGAAGCCGACGCGUCUCCCUGCUUCGUCUCCGACUCUGCAGACCGCGUUACGUGGAUCAACGCGGGGUUCAGGAGGAUGGUUUUAUGCGAGGAGUCGUCGCCGUUGAUGAGGGUGGAGCUGGUGACGCGUGGGACGGUGCCGGGAGGGGAGUGUGGGGGGUUCACGUGCGUGGCACGUGUGCGGCGGGGGAAGUUGGUGAUGGUGGUGCCGUGCGAUGUGUGGCGGGUGGUGGAGGAGAAAUUAGGGAAGUGGGCGUGGCGGCUCGACGUGGCCACGGCGCUCGGGCUUGGGCUCAGCUGCGCCUACUGAAAUGUAAAGGAAGCUGUUGAGGCUAUAUUUGUAAUUAUCUUUUUGCAGAAAGGAAGACGGUGGGUGAAGCCGUGAAGGAGAUGAAUCCAGCGGCGCCGGCGAUGUGAGCUACCGACGAUGCGUUGGAGAGGAGGAAUUAUUAUGUGCGGAGCGAGGAACACAUCGCUUUGGCUUUUGCCAGCAUAAUUUGUAUAAUUAGCGAUUGAAUUAUUGUUAAAAGUUUUUGGAUUAGUCUAAUCUAAGUUUUGUUUAUUGCA